AUGGCUCAGACAAAGAUACUUGCGCCGGCUGAUAAGCAAGUCGACAGCUUUUCUGUCGCGAUUGACACUAUACCACAUGAGCUUUCACUGACAUCACCGCGACGCUCCUUUCGUUCCUUCAUAUGGGACACAGACACUCACUUGAAACCCCCCGAAGAGCAGCGAUUGCUCCUAAAACUAGACGCAGCAAUACUCAGCAUAGGAUGCCUUGGCUUCUUUAUGAAGUACUUAGACCAAGGCAAUAUGGCUAACGCAUAUGUAUCGGGCAUGAAAGAGGAUCUAUCAAUGUUGGGCAAUGAAUACACGUACGCAGGAACAGUUUACACAGUUGCCUAUGCGGCUAUGCAGAUCCCCAGUACAAUGAUCAUCCAACAUGUCCGACCAAGUCUCUGGCUUGCUGCUAUGGAAGUUGGCUGGGGAACUUUCACAUUCGCGCAGGCAGGCAUGCAUAGCGUCGGUGAACUCUAUGCUUUUCGGUUCUUGAUUGGUUUCUUUGAAAGCUCGUUCUUUCCCUCAUUGCUUUAUAUUCUGGGAAGCUGGUACACGAAGACAGAGCUUGCUAAACGAGUCGCACUAUUCCACAUGACUGCUCCCCUUGGAACUGCUUUUGGAGGAUACUUGCAAGCCGCCGUAUACAAGAAUCUUGACGGUGUCCAUGGGCUUGCUGGUUGGAGAUGGCUUUAUAUUAUUUGUGGUUGCAUGACUGUACCUGUCGGGCUGGCAACUUACAUUUGUCUUCCCGACACGCCAUAUACCACACGUGCUUGGUUUCUCUCCCAAAGUGAUCGUGAUUUGGCAAAAGAAAGAGUCCAGAGAGCUGGCAAAGCCCCGCCAGUGAAAAUAACACUGAGAAAGAUACAGAAGAUCCUUAGUUCUUGGAAAUGGUAUGCAUUUGUGUUAGGAUACGUGUUAUAUGGAGAGUCAUGUGGCAGCAGCGGUUAUUUUGCUAUUUGGCUCAAAGCGGAAGGAUUCUCUGUCGUUGAAAGAAAUAUCAUCCCGACGGGAACCUCGCUAAUAUCGGCGACCUGCGUCGUUCUAUGGGGAUUUUUGUCAGACUAUACCGGCAGUCGAUUUACUUGGGUGCUCAUACCGCUAAUAUUUGCCCUCCUCCCCAACGGUAUUCUGGCAUUUUGGCCAGCGAGCUUGCGCCUCAAGGAGUUUGCAUUCUUGACUACAGGCUGUCAGCUAAUGACGGCUGUUUUCUAUUCUUGGGCGAACGAGGUGACCGCCGGUGAUAACGAAGAAAGGGCUAUAACUAUUAGCUCUAUGAAUGGGUUUCAAUACGCAGUUGCCGCUUGGCUACCUAUCAUCAUAUUUCCGCAGACCAUGUCGCCGACAUUUCGCUAUGGGUUCCCAACAACGUUUGGUUUGGUUAUCGCCGCCAUUAUCGUUGUCAUAAUGAUUCAGUUGCUCAUCGUUCGAGAUAGGCGAAAGACAAAAUGA